UGUCGCCCUAAUCGCCGUCGGUCAUCAGUACCGGGUCUUGGCAGCAGGCCGCAACGAGAGAGGAGUCAAACACACAUUCGUCCAAAUACAGACAGACACAAACAUGUUCUCCCGACGCUUUGAACCGCCGCAGAGCCAGAGCAAGAGCUUCUCCAAAAGCCAGAAGCUGGGAAGGUCCAGCUCGUCUUUUAGCAAGGAGGCGGGUGUGUCUAAGCGGCGCCAUGAAUCCCGUCGCCGCCCUAGCACGGCGACCAAUGCAGCCGCCGCGCUCGAUCCACAAGCAGAGAUAUCGGCCAUCGUGACUCUAGUCGUCGGCCAGGAGCAGAGGAUCUUUGCAGCCCACGAGAAUGUGCUGUGCAUGUCGCCCUUCUUUCAGAGCGUGCUCCACAACCAGAUGCUCGACUCCCAAUCCAAGAAGAUUUCGCUGCCAGACGAGGAGCCCGAGAUCUUCUCGUCCAUUCUCGAGUACCUCUACAAGGGCGACUACUAUCCACGCCUCCUCCACAACAAGAAGCGUAACUCGUGGGAGAUUGAGCAGCCCUCGGACGACGGUCGCGCCGAGACUACCAUCUACCAUCACGGUAUCGACGGUGACUUGCUCAAGGACACUGUCAUCUACUGUGCCGCCGAGAAGUACGGACUAGAGGAGCUGAAGCGUGUCGCUCUGCGCAAGCAAGGUCUCCAGUCCGGGAUCCAGGCCAGCACUAUCUUGGCGUCUGCCAGAUACGCAUAUGCCAAUACCCCCGACACGGACUCUAAGCUGCGUGCUCACUACCUUGCCCUCAUCAUUCGCAGCCGCAGUACGUUCAAGAGAAGCGGUACUAUGCAACUGGAAAUGUUCAACGGCGGUACACAACUCUUCUUUGAUCUGUUUGUGGCUCUGUCCAACCACGUCGACGACAUCUCGAGUGCUGCUACACCGCGCACUCCUCGCAGCGGGCGCCCCUUCUAGCUGCCUUUGGUGCUUUACCUGCUUGUUUCGACGCUUUGUGGUCAACAACCACUCCAAAAAAUACAACAUCCCCUUCUCAGCACAACUUCAUUUCCACUCUAAUGACUUACGCUGCUUUCUUCUUUUCUUACAUCUCACUAAUAGUAUGGUUCUGGUGGGUCAUAGACAUUUGUUA